UACAGGGCGUAUACUGCGUGGCUUUUUGACAUCUGUCAUUUUUCAAAGUUUAUUUACUUGUAUGUUAUUGUUUUUUUUUUUGCAGUAUUUUUAUAUAUUGACAAUUGUCGUGGGCAUUAUUAAAUAAAUAAAACUGGCGAAAUAAAAAAAAAUUUUUUUGUGAAAAAUGUCGUUGGAAAGUGAUAUUUUUUAUGAAAAUGAAGGACAAUUACCACAAGAUCUUGAAGAUGAUGUUGUUCAAGAGGUACUUAAAACUGGAACAGAUCUUCGGCAAUAUUCCCGACAAAUUGAAAAAGAACUCAAAGAAGUGGAAAAUAAAUCGAUUCAAGAUUAUAUAAAAGAAAGUCAAAAUAUAGCAAGUCUUCAUAAUCAAAUUACAGCAUGUGAUAAUAUUUUAGAGACAAUGGAAUCAAUGCUUUUAGGCUUUCAAACAGAUUUAGGAAGUAUAAGUUCGGAAAUUUUGUAUUUACAACGUAAAUCAAUUGCUAUGAGUCAACAAUUAUCGAAUCGUCAAAUAAUUCGUGGACCACUUAGUCAAUUUAUUGAGGACAUGACAAUCUCUGAGGCACUUAUUGCAGGUAUUAUGGAUUCUCCUGUAACGGAAGCUGAAUUUUCUGAACAACUAAAGAAUCUUAAUCAUAAAAUAAAUUUUGUUAAGGAACAAAGUUUUAAGGAAGCAAAAUCUUGUUUAGAUGUAAAAGAUAUAUUAGAAAAAUUAAAAGUUAAAGCAAUGAGUAAAAUUCGAACCUAUCUUUUAGAACAAGUUUAUAAAUUUCGAAAACCAAUGACAAAUUAUCAAGUACCACAGAAUAAUAUGUUGAAAUAUAAAUUUUUUUUUGAAUUCAUUCUUUCGAAUGAGAGAAAUGUUGCCGAAGAAAUUUGUGGCGAAUAUGUGGAUACAAUGAGUAAAAUUUAUUAUUCCUAUUUUAAAUAUUAUUCAUCAAGGCUAAUGAAAUUACAAUUUGAAGAAGGAGCAUCAAAGGAUGAUUUAAUGGGCGUUGAGGAUACGGCAGGAAGGGGAAUUUUCCACAAAACUUCAUUAAAACAUAGAGGCACUGUAUUUUCCAUAGGAACAAGAGGCGAGGUUUUAACUUCUCAAUUAGAAGCUCCAAUAAUUGUUCCUCAUACAGCUUCUAAAACAAGGUAUCAUUACGAGGCUUUAUUCAGAAGUGAACAAUAUGCUUUAGUGGAUAAUGCAUGUCGUGAAUAUCUAUUUUUAACAGAAUUCUUCAAAGUACGUAACUCACAAGCAAUGGAUGUUUUCAAUCAGGUAAUGGGAAAAACACUGAGUGUAAUGUUAAAGAAUCUACAAUCAUUUGUUGAAGAUUGUUACGAUACAAUUGCACUUUUUCUUUGUCUUCAUUUGGCAAUGAGAUAUCAAAUGACAUGUCAUAAGAGAGCUGUUCCUGCAUUAGAUAAAUAUUGGGAUAGUGUCUCAAAAACUAUUUGGCCAAGAUUUGAACAAGUGUUUCAACUUAAUAUUCAAAGUAUAAGAGACUGUGAUCCACUUAAAUUUAGCAAAGAAACUGGUCCACAUUAUAUUACAAGAAGAUAUGCGGAAUUUAGUGCCGCUAUGGUUGGAGUUAGUGAAGGAUAUCCAUGUGAAGGAGCAACUCAACUUUUAGCAGAAUUAAGAGAAGCUGUUCAAUGUUUUCUUUUGAGAAUGGCGGCAAUUUUUCCACAACGCACACAACAACUCGUUUUUCUCAUUAAUAAUUAUGAUCUUAUUCUUGGAGUUUUAAUGGAGAGAACAAGAGAUCUUUCUAAGGAAGCAGAGAGUUUUCGUGAACAAUUAAAUGCCCGUUCUUCUGAAUACGUUGAGGAAGUAUUGAGUCCUCAUUUUGGUGGAAUAAUGCAAUUGGUGAAAGAGUCUGAGGCUUCAAUUGAAAAAGGACAAACAGAUGAUUUACGACGUCAUGAAGGUAAAGCACUUACAUUAGUUCAAUCUUUUACAAAUACUUGGAAACGUGCACUUGAAGAAAUACAUCGCGAAGUUAUGCCAUCAUUUCCAAGUUUAGUGCUUGGUACUAAUUUAGUGCAACGAGCAAUGACACAAUUGGUUCAGUAUUAUAAUAGAUUUCAUAAAAUUCUUCCAAGUAAUGCACGUCCUCAACUUACUAAUAUUCAUCAUAUUAUGGUAGAAAUUAAGAAAUAUAAAACCAAUUACUAGGAUUUUAUUUUCAAAUAUAUUUACUAUUAGAAAAUUUUCUAAAACGCGAUUCUCAACUUUUAUAAUAUUCGUAAAAUUAUGUUAUAAAAUUUUUAUUUAUUUCCAAUUUAAAAAAAAAAAACUUAAUAUUUUUAGUAUAAAAUUUUUUUAUUUACAAAAAUUUCGUUCUUUUCCUAAAUUGUAAAAUAGAUUUUAAAAAAAAUUUUUUAGCAUAUAGUAGAUCUUACCAAUUUUUACCGGUUAUUUUGUGCAAUUGUGCUUUGAUGAAUUUGUAUAUAAUUAUACUUAGAAAAUAUAUAUAUAUAUCUAUAUUAAAUAUAUAAAAAUUAUAUUUAAAUAUUACUAUUAUAUUAUAUUUAGGGAAUUAUAAAAUAAUGUGUACAUAUUUUUUAAAAAAAUAUAUAUAUAUAGAAAAGUUCGAGUAAAUGAAAAUACAUGAAAUAAAUGAAGAGAUUGAAAUAUUUCAUGAAAAAGUCUGUACAUUUUAUUUAUAAAGUAUACAAGCUACCUUAAAACCGAACGUAAUUAUAUGUCGUGAAUACAAGUACGUAAAUGCGUGUAUAAAUUUGUUUUUUUUUA